CCGAGAAACAAAGAUGUAUACAUUGCUGGUCUUGGGUCUCGUAGUUGCAUUUUGUUUGGCUGACGGUGAUUAUACUGAUGAGUAUGAUUAUAACGACGAAUAUUCCGCACAUGGCGUAGGUGGAGGAUAUCCCAGAGAAGGUUUCAUAAGACACAGAACAAGUCUUGGGGAAGGUAUUAUGAGACCUCUCUUAAGGGCGGUUACCGAUGGUUUUGAAGUAAUUGACGGAGGAACCUCUGUAGAAGGUAACGGAGGAAGAGCUGAAGAAGGUAACAAAGGAACUUCUAAAGAAGGUAACGGAGGAAUUCCUGAAUAUUGUUAUGAAGGACCUCCUAAAGAAGGUAACAAAGGAACUUCUAAAGAAGGUAACGGAGGAACUCCUGAAAAAGGUAAAGGAGGAACUCCUAAAGAAGGGAACGGAGGAACUCCUAAAGAAGGGAACGGAGGAACUCCUAAAGAAGGGAACGGAGGAACUCCUAAAGAAGGGAACGGAGGAACUCCUGAAGAAGGGAACGGAGGAACUCCUAAAGAAGGUAACAAAGGAACUUCUAAAGAAGGUAACGGAGGAACUCCUGAAAAGGGUAAAGGAGGAACUCCUAAAGAAGGGAACGGAGGAACUCCUGAAAAUGGUAAAGGAGGAGCUCCUAAAGAAGGGAACGGAGGAACUCCUAAAAAAGUAAGCGGAGGAAGUCCUAGAGAAGGAGCCGGAGGAGCUCCUGUAAGAGUUGACAGAAAAUCCGUAGCGGAAGUUACAAGUCUUCCAUUACUUCCAAGUGUACCAAAGCCCGGGCGUUGCCCAUCAAAGAAGAUUUACCAGGAGCUAGACCUUGGCCCACAUUGUAACAUUGACGAACAAUGCCCCGAAGUACAGAAAUGUUGUUAUGCUGGAGACAAGGGUCAAAGAUGUCAAAUACCAGCAGAACUCGAGCGCCCAGGUUCCUGCAACGAAAACUAUAUAAUAGUCGGUGGUAUGCAGGUACCUUGCGGCUAUGACGCAAUGUGUCCAUAUGGAGGCAAAUGCUGUAAACGAUUUUCGACUGGUCUAGCUGGCUCAUGCACAUACCCGUCCCGUAAAGGUCCUUUACCACGUGUCCAAGGUGGUCCCAAUAGAACCGGUCCUGUCUAUCCAUCUUUGGUCACGAAGGUCACGGAAGUCAUACGUAUCCCAGGUGGUUCCGGUAGACCCAAUCCUGUCUAUCCAUCUUUGGUCGAGACGCUCACAGUAGCCACACGUAACCACGGUGGUCCCAGUAAAUCUGGUCCUGUCUAUCCAUCUUUGGUUGAGACGCUCACAGUAGGCACACGUAACCAAGGUGGUCCCAGUAAAUCUGGUCCUGUCUAUCCAUCUUUGGUCGAGACGCUCACAGUAGGCACACGUAACCAAGGUGGUCCCAGUAAAUCUGGUCCUGUCUAUCCAUCUUUGGUCGAGACGCUCACGGUAUCCACACGUAACCAAGGUGGUCCCAGUAAAUCUGGUCCUGUCUAUCCAUCUUUGGUCGAGACGCUCACAGUAGGCACACGUAACCAAGGUGGUCCCAGUAAAUCUGGUCUUGUAUAUCCAUCUUUGGUCGAGACGCUCACAGUAGGCACACGUAACCAAGGUGGUCCCAGUAAAUCUGGUCCUGUCUAUCCAUCUUUGGUCGAGACGCUAAAGGUAUCCACACGUAACCGAGGUAGUCCCAGUAGACCCGGCUCUCUCUAUCCAUCUUUGGUCGAGGAGCUCACAGUAGCCACACGUAACUGAGAUGGUCCCGGUAGACCUGGUUCUGUCUACCAAUCUUUUGUCACGGAUGUCAUUAAGGCUACGUUAAGAACAAGCACACCCCAAAACACCGAAAGAUCACUAUACAAAGUUUAAAAUGCCUGUUUUGUUAUUCUGUAUCUUUAAAUUAAGUGUUUGAUUUAUAUCAAAAUAUUGUGUAUCACCAGUGGACGCUUAUACAGUAAUAAAAGUUAAC